AAUAUUAUGAUGACAAAAACUCACAGCGUUGACAAAUCCAACUUUAUUAAUGUUUCUUUUAUUACUUCGUAUUCAUAUGUGUAGCGUGUUGAUUAAAAUAUUUUGUUUUCGUAUUUCGAUAGAAUGCAAUUUUUUGUACUAUAUAAAAAUCGGAAAUCCGUUUAAUUAGACAUUAAUAAGCAACUAGUUUUGGUGAUUUGAUUCCGUUGACACAGUUUAUAGGAUAAAUCGUAGAAAAGGCAUAUGAAAUCACUAUUGGAAGAGUGAUAUAUUGCAAGAGAAAUAAGAUUUCAAAAAUUUAAUUGGUCGAAAUAUGUGGUCGUUCUUCUCACGCGACUCAUUCGCAAAAGAUUUUCCCUAUGAGAUUGGCGAAGGUGUUGGAGACUUAGAUACAAGAAGCAUUUGGUCAUUACACAAAGCCAAAAGAAAAACAACCAACGAAGAAGUUUCUGUAUUUGUUUACGAUAAUAAAAGCGGUUCAGAUGUCAAAUUAGAAAUUGCAAAAAGUUCAAUGAAACGAUUGAAAACACUACGACAUCCGAGUAUCUUACAAUAUUUGGAUAGCAUAGAGACGGACAAAAUGCUAUAUGUUGCCACCGAAUACGUGCAACCAUUGGGUACAUAUCUAGAAAUAUUAGAUAAAGGAUCAUCACAAAACGAUUUGUAUUUAGCUUGGGGCAUUUUCCAAAUCACGCGUGCUUUAUCAUUCCUGAACAAUGAUGGAAAUUUGCGGCAUAAUAACGUUUCUGUUUGGUCAGUUUUUGUAAAUUCAUCCGGUGAAUGGAAAUUGGGUGGUUUGGAAUAUGUGUCAAAUGUGGAUGGAAAUCAUAUUCCCCCGGUCAAACUGCCAGCAUCCCUCGAAAUCUAUGAUCCACCAGAGAAAAAUGAUGCAUCUAAGCUCAAGCUAGCGACCAAAUGUUCCAGUGAUAUGUGGGGCCUUGGCUGUUUAGUAUGGGAAUCAUUUAACGGACCACUUAGGAAUAGAAGUAAUUUGAAAGAUGUCGAAAACGUUCCAAAAUCCUUGACAAGCCUGUACUGUGAAUUAGUUGGUGCGUCCCCAGCAAGUAGGCCGAAUCCAGCUGAUAUAAUUACGAAAUGUCGAAAACCGGGUGGAUUUUUCAAAAAUGAUUUAGUAGAUACUUUAUUAUUCCUGGAAGAAAUCCAAAUCAAAGACAAAGCCGAGAAAAAUCGUUUUUUCAGUUCUUUAGCUACACAACUAGAUAAUUUCCCUGACAAUGUCUGCCGUCAAAAGAUCUUGCCACAACUUAUAACAGCAUUUGAAUAUGGUGACGCUGGUUCCGCAGUUUUGGCUCCAAUGUUUAAACUGGGAAGAUUGUUAGAUGAAGCUGAAUAUCAAAAGCGCAUUGUGCCCUGUAUUGUGAAACUUUUUGCGUCUACAGAUCGUGUUACAAGAUCCAGACUAUUGCAACAACUUGAUUUGUUCAUCAAUCACUUUCAGCCUCAAAUCGUGAACGAUCAAAUAUUUCCACAAGUGGCUCAUGGAUUCCUUGACACGAAUCCUACAAUACGCGAACAAACCGUUAAAUCAAUCAUUCAUUUAGCACCAAAGUUGAAUUAUAAUAAUUUGAAUGUAGAAGUGCUACGCCAUUUUGCUCGAUUACAGUCACGUGAUGAUCAAGGUGGUAUUCGGACAAAUACCACCGUAUGCUUAGGGAAAAUUGCACCUCAUUUACAUCCACAAGUGCGCCAACGUGUCUUAGUAUCAGCCUUCAUUCGAGCAAUGCGUGACCCAUUUCCACCUGCAAGAGUUGCUGGUAUUCUCGCGUUGGCUGCCACGCAGCAAUACUUCUUACUUACGGAAAUUGCAAAUCGUAUAUUACCAGCUUUAUGCUCCCUAACGGUUGACCAUGAAAAGUCAGUACGAGACCCAGCAUUCAAAACGAUUCGGGGCUUUCUUGGGAAGUUGGAAAAAGUUUCUGAAGACCCUAGUCUACGUGAAACAAUGGAAGCUGACGUUCAUGCAAAAGAGUCUUUGGGCAGCGCAGCCGCGACCUGGAGUUCAUGGGUCGCAACAGCGGUUGCAGCGAAAUUUUAUAGAAGUCAGAGUGAUACAGGUCGACCACAGCGACCACCAUUAACUGGUAAAGCUAAACCUGCUUCGCUAGAACAACCGUCUAGUAGCAGCUUGUCUACAACAACAUCAAGCGUCACAUCAAUGACCUCUCUUGAGCAUGAGAGCAAUGAUACCUCGGUUUCUGCAAGUGAUUACGGAAACGACUUGGCAAGCGAUUAUGGUAAUGAUAAUUGGGAUAUUGCUGGUGAUAUGGACACCUCACAAGACCCAAGCAGUCCAAUAGCAGCAAUGCCAUCUACCAGUUUGUCAAUAGCAUCAAAUGCACAGAAUUUAUCAACGCAGAGAAAUAUAGAUCCACGUGACGAAUGGUCGUGGAAUGAUUGGGGAAGUUUAGAGGAACAACCAAAUGAAGAGGAACGCGAUGAAAACGAAGAUAAAGAGAAAGAAUCGAUUAAGCUAACGACGGGUAUCAUCAACUCGAAGUUUGGAUUGAAUGAAAUGUAUGAUGAAAAGAAAACAGAAAUGAUUGAUCAAAAUAACCGACCAACUGAUUUACCAAGCUUAUCAUCCAAUCAUAUUAUGACAAGUCCAACAAAUUCCAAUUCUAAUGCUGUCUGGAACACUGACUCAUGGGCGGAUGGAGAAUUCGAACCUCUGGAUGAAGUCAAUUCAGGUAAAUGUAUUUGUAUGUUCUGAAAAUUUAAACAAUUUCCCCGAUAAACUGAAGGAAUAAAUCACAGUUUUGCGUCAUUAAAUCUAUAUAAUAUUUAGUAAGAAUGUAAAAAAACAAUUUGUCAGUUAAAAAUUUGGCUUUGCUCGUUGCGUACCGACGUGAUGCACCAUGCACGGCUGGUUGAAUUUCCGAAUUCGACACUUUGCACUUCAUUUGAAUAUUUGCACAAUUGUGGCACUUUAGUUCUGAUUUGUUUGUCCAUCAGAUUGUCCUUGAUCUUUAGGUAGUUUGUGUGGUGCAAGGUACAAAUGCUCUCACCUGCUGCGAUGUCGUUGCGUGCAGUAGGAUACUUUGUAUUUCUAUCCACCAUUAUGUAUCAUGAAUACAAUAAAUUUGAAAUCUCAAGAAAAAGAUUAACUUUCUGCAAUUUCAAUCGAUAUUAUGAAUUACCCUUUGUGAAGGGUUAGCAUCUUAAGAAAUUUCAUUAUAAUCAACGCAAAAUAGUUUUGAUAAAUAUUUAACUACUGUAGCGCCCGCAUUUACGCAAGGAAAAUGAUUUUUUGUCGAUUUUUCGCGAUUUUUCAUGUUUUUCCAACUUCUAACGGUCAUAUAUCGAAAAAACGAAUUUUGAUGUGUCAAAUUUUAGCUCUAAUUUGUGGCUAAAAUCAAGGGAUAUUAAAAAAAUCCUUGGAGUCGUUUUCGAGAAAAUGGCCGAUUUGUGCAAGGCCAGGUGACCAUUUUUUUUUGGUUUUCCACCCAUUGGGCCACGCCAACUCAAUUUUUCAACUUAAAAUAGAUGUCAUUCGAUAGCUAGCCUCGAAACCUUUCCAACGAUAUCCAAAAGUCUAAAAUCGGUCGACUGGAUUGAACACAAUGGCCAUUGCAAAGAAUACCAUUUCUUGGACUUUUAAAGGCCGACCAAGGUCAAGAUGGCGACUGAAUCAAAAACUGACAGAACAAAAAAGUCUUAGUUCAAUCCCUGGAAGUUUGAGAAAUAUCGGACAAAAAGUACGGACAGCGGACACACAGAUAAAACUAUUAGGUAUUAUCUAUAAGGGAGAUGUCCCACAUACGGGUCAGACUUUGGCAUAUUUUUAUAACUUUUGCAUGAGUAUAUAUUUUUGCGGUCUAUUUAUACCGUUCGAAAGAUAAUGACUAAAGCUAACUUUUUCCCUAAGAGAGUUUACAAAUUUGACCAAAAAAUAACAAAUUAUGAUCGUUUCCAUGAGGACCUUAUUUUUUGGCAUUUUGAAAAAUGUCACCACAUACGGGUCACCUGAAAAUAUCCAAAUAAAUCGCUAAAAUAUGAAACAAAACCACCAAAAAUGUAGAAAGUAUCAACGUUUAUUUGUUUUGAAAGCCUUCAGCGGCAAGAACGAAUACAGAUAAUGUCAAAUUUUCAUAAUUUUACUCAUCAUCGUUGUCUUCCAAUUCCGAGUCACAAUUAUCUUGCGAGGUUUUUCGGAGAAGUCAACAAAGCACUUUGCAUCGGCUUUCGACCACGGUUUGAUGGUGGUUCCGGUGUUCCAGCUUACAUUGGACCAAUCGAAUCCAAAAUUGAUGCGGUUGAGGAUGAUAGAGAAGAAAUAGAUGGCGAUGCCGAUAUUGAUGUCGAAGCUUCUUCUGCUUCUUCGACGGCAGAUGCCACUUCCUCUUCUCGACCUACAUCAGGUGCACCAAUAAGUAGUCGCCGUUGAUCUUCUUCACCGAUACCAUCUUCGUUUGCAGCGAACAUGCCUUAAUUGCCUUCAGCAAUGAUUGAGCAUCAACUUUCUCGUCGGAUUUGCUUGAUUUUGCUUUUUUUGAUGUUUUUUUCGACUUUUUGGUAGGAGCCAUAGCUAAAACACCAAAAAUAUCAAUAAAAACACUAUUAAAAUGAUAUAGAAACACUUUCGUUAGGUUAUAGUGACAUAAACAUGCAUGACGUUUGAAAAAAUGAGGUGACCCGUAUGUGGUGGCACUGUGUGACCCGUAUGUAGGAUAGACGCCAUUUUGAACAUGACACCAAAAAAAAAUUUUCAGACCACAAAUCACUCGAAACACUUAUUUCAUAAUAAAAUACAAGAAAAAUACUGAAUUUAUGUGUAUCACACUUACCUUUUCCGGUUGAUAAACUAUGCGUAAUAACACUUCGCAAAAAAUUGGAAAAGUACUUUUUCAGCAAUUUUAAAGUGACAAAAUAAAACUAGCACACGAGGUACGUCUAUUCACUUCGGAAUACUACCAAAAACUUGCCUCGGUUGAGAAAACAAUUUGACAGUAGUCGAGUCGGCCACAUUUGCUUUCUGUGAUGAGGUAGUAUGGGUGACCCGUAUGUGGUGCUGACCCGUAUG